ACAGGAACUUGAAACUGAGAUCUCUCAGUCUCUUCCCCUUUGAACUGAAAUCUUUCUGUUUUCUUCCCUCAGAACUGAGAUCCCUGUGCCGUCCCCGGACUUGGGAUCUCUCUGUCUCCUUCCAUCUCAGCUGAGAUCUCUCCGCUUGUUCCCCUCGGAACUGAGAUCUCUCUGCUUUCCUUCGGAGCGGAGAUCUCUCUCCCAUCUUCUCUCGCAGCAGAGAUCUCUCUUCAUUAGGAGCUGAGACACCUCUGCCUUCUUAAGAUCAGCUCUGCACAGGCAGAUCGCAGGUAGGCCAGCAGCCAGCCUAAGAAGAGAAGGCAGAGACAAAGUCACCUCCCUCCGCUUUCCUUGCCCCUCCCCAGCUUGGUCUGCCGAGGGCCAAAGCUGGGAAUCAGAGGGAAUGGCCCCUGGCAGCCAGAGCCCCUCGUCCCAGGAAUCAGUGACAUUCAAAGAUGUGGCUGUGGACUUCACCCAGGAAGAAUGGUGCCUCUUGGACCAUUCUCAGAAAGAGCUGUACAAGGAAGUCAUGCUGGAGAAUGUCCAGAACCUUCUCAGCCUGGGAUUUCCAGUUUUCAGAGAAGAUUUGACUUCCUAUUUUCAGAAAGCAGGAAUGCCAUGGAUUCUGGGGGGGGAAUGCCCAAGGAACUUUUGUCCAGAUGCAGUGAUGAGGUUUAAAAUGAAUAAGACCACUACAAAUCUGAGGAUUUCUUUAGAAGAAUCUGGCCAGCUAAGAUUCAUCAGUGAUGAUCCUUGUGACUUCAAUGGGAGAGAAAUCUGUGACUCUCAUAUCAAGGUAGAUAAAAAUCUGCAGAAUCCUUGUGAAUCUGAUGAAGUUGGAAAGAGCUUUGCACAAUAUUCAGACCUAAAUAACUGUAAGACACUUACUCCAAGGAAUGAUUGUUUUCAAUACAGAAAAUAUAGGGAAGGCUUUACUGAACAGGUAGAUCUCAUUCAGUCCCUUGAGAAGCCUCCUGAAAUGAAGAUAUAUCAAGGUAAUCAACAGAAAAUGCCCUUCAGCUUGAGUUCAGAUCUCACUGAAUAUCAGAAAAGUUACACUGGCAAAAAGCUUUAUAUAUGCAAGGAAGGAAAAAAGGCCUUCAGCCAGAACUCUAAGGUAGUUACUCAUCAAAAAAUUCACAUUAGAAAAGAGCCUUAUGAAUAUAAUGAAUGUGAAACCACCUUAUCACCUCACCCAUCUCUUCCUCAUCCUGGAUUUCAUACUGGAAUGAAAAUCCAUGCAUGUAAACAUUGUGGGAAGGCGUUUCAUUUGAACUCAGAUCUUGUUAGGCAUGAGAAGAUUCAUACUGGAGAGAAACCUUAUAAAUGUGAUGAAUGUGGGAAGGCCUUUGGUUAUAAAUCACGCCUUAUUGGCCAUCAAAGAAUUCACACUGGAGAGAAACCUUAUGAAUGUAAUGAAUGUGGGAAGGCCUUCUGCUACAAAUCAGUCCUUAUUGGCCAUCAAAGAAUUCAUACAGGAGAGAAACCUUAUGAAUGUAAACAGUGUGGAAAUUCUUUCCGAUGGAGCAUCAGUCUUGCUAUACAUGAGAGAAUUCACACAGGAGAGAAACCUUAUGAAUGUGAUCAGUGUGGAAAAACUUUCCAUCAGAACUGUAAUCUAGCUGUACACCAGAGAAUCCACACUGGCAAGAAACCUUAUGAAUGUAACCAAUGUGGAAAGGCCUUCUGCUCCAGAUCAAGCUUUUUGCACCAUCAGAGAAUUCACACUGGUGAGAAACCUUAUGAAUGUAGUCAGUGUGGAAAGACUUUCCAACAGAACUGCAGUCUUACUGCCCACCAGAGAAUCCAUACCGGGGAGAAACCUUACAAAUGUAAUCAAUGUGAGAAGGCUUUCUGCUCCAGAUCAAGCUUUUUGCACCAUCAGAAAAUUCACACUGGUGAAAAACCUUUUGAAUGUAAUAAAUGUGGGAAGGCUUUUCAGCGUAAUUCUGAUCUUGCUGCACAUCAGAGAAUUCACACUGGAGAGAAACCUUAUGAAUGUAAUCAGUGUGGAAAAGCUUUCAGAUAUCUCUCCAGUCUUGCUAAACAUAAAAGAAUCCAUACUGGAGAGAAACUUUAUGAAUGUAAUCAAUGUGAAAUGGCUUUCACAAACCACUCCAGUCUUUCUACACAUCAGAGAACUCAUACUGCAGAGAAACCUUAUGAAUGUAAUCAAUGUGGAAAGACUUUCCGACAGAGCUCUAACCUUAUUGCACAUCAGAGAACCCACACUGGAAAGAAACCUUAUAAAUGUAUUCAGUGCGGAAAGACUUUCCGAAAGAACUCCCAUCUUGCUGCCCACCAGACAAUCCACACUGGGGAGAAACCUUUUGAAUGUAAUCAAUGUGGAAAGGCUUUCACAAGGAGGUCCAGUCUCAUUACACAUCAGAGAACACAUACUGGAGAGAAACCUUAUGAAUGUAAUCAAUGUGGAAAAGCUUUCACUCAGCGCUCCAAUCUUUCUGUACAUCAGAGAAUCCACAAAAAAGAGAAUUCUUAUGAACAUGAUCAAUGUCAAAAAGCUUCCCAAUGGGCCUUCAAUAUUUCUGGUUAUCAGAGAGUUCACAAUGAAAAGAAACCUUAUGAAUGUAAUCAAUGUGGAAAGGCUUUUACAAGGAAGUCGAGUCUUGCUUCACAUCAGAGAAUCCACACUGGAGAGAAACCUUAUGAAUGUAAUCAUUGUGGAAAGGCUUUUACUCAAAGCUCCAAUCUUUCUGUACAUCAGAGAAUACACAUAAAAGAGAGUUCUUAUGAACAUAGUCAAUGUGAAAAGCUUUCCUGUGGAACUCCAAUCUUACUGCAUGUCAAUCAGAGAAUCCACACUGGAGAGAACCCACACGAACAUAAUCAGUGUUGAAAGUUUUGUGAUUUAAUUAUAGUCAUGCUGAACAUCAGAGAAUUCACACUGCUGAGAAAUCUUGCAAAUGUAAGCAGUGUGGAAAGGCUUCAAUCUUUCUGGAUGUGUGAGAAUCGACAUUACAAAGACACUUCAGGAAUAUCAUGAAUGUGAUAGAGCCUUUAGUUACCACUCUAAAUUUAUUGAACAUGAUAGAAUCCACACUGGAAAGAAACCUGAGGGAUAUAAGCAUUGUGGUAAAGCUUUCAGGAAACAUUCAUUUCCCCCUUCCACUCUUCUUUUUUCUUUCACCAGAGAGUUCAUACUCAAUAGAAAUCUUAUCAUUGUAAUAUAUGAGGAAAGGCACUAAAAUGAAGUACAGAGUUUGUUUAAUAUCAGAAAAAUCAUUCUGAAGAGAAGCUCUAUAUGGAUUCAGUGUUAAAAGGCCUUCAGCCAGAGAGCUCUUAUUUUACAUCAGAGGACUCACUAUGGAGAGAAGACUUAUGAAUGUUCUCAAAAAAAACCCAAAACAUUUUCGAGAAAGAGGGAAAUCAGUAGACAACAAUAUUCCUAUAGAAAUGAAGGCUUUUAGAAGCAUUAUGUGUGGGAAGAGCAUUCCUAGAUGCUUCACCUAGAAUACCUGACUGUUCAUGGAGAACUCAAAAUAGAGAUAGAAUUUUGGUUUAAUUAACAGGAGGUCUUUUGUUACAGGACAGACUUCAUUAUAUCUCCCAAUAUGGAGACCUUGGUAGACAUCCUAAAUUUCAUACUGUGCAGAAGGUCUUUUAAAUGUAAUGAUUUUUUUCUCUGAAAUCCUAAUGUUUGUCAUUACUCCUUAUGACUUUAUGGCAUUCAUAUAUUGUACCUUCUUCAGGCAUUUCCCAAUUAGUUGGUACUCACUUUGCAUCCUGUUGCUUUCUGGCACAAAAAAUUCUCAUAUACUUAUUUGGGCAUCUGUUGGAUAUCUAUUUCUGUCAUGCUUUCUUAGCCCAGUGGAUAGAGUGUUGUGCUUGGAACCAUGAAACCUGAGUUCUAAUUGGGUUCUGAAACUUACUAGCUAUAGUACCUUGAGCAGUCAUUUAAUCUAGCUUCUCUCAGGAGAGCAAGAGUACCUACCUUCCAGGAUUAACAUGAGCUCAAAAGAGACAAUAUCUCUAAAACACUCUCCUACACUCAAAUCAUUAUGGAAAUGCUAGCUUUUUAAAUGAUUAUUAUUCCUUGGGUCAUAAUUGUCCCAGUGAAGUCAAUAGGCUUCAAGAUCUGGACACUUCAUUCACUUUUCUUUUAAUUCAAACUGAUAUUCAGAACAGUGUAGAGGAAGGCAUUAGUUAUAAAGGAUAGAACUCUGGAUUUGGAAUCAGGAAAUUUUGGCUUUGAAUCCUGACUCAUGUUCUUUCUAGCUCUUUAACUCUGGCCAAGGAACAAUCUCUCUGUGCCUUACUUUACUCAUCUCUAAAAUGAGAUUGACCCUUAGAUUCUAUAUUCCCUUCCAAUUCUUAACAUGUGUAUUCAUCCGAAAUACAUUCAUGUUUCUACAGUCUCUUCUGAUUUUCUAGGAAGGAGGCCCCACAGGACUAAAUCUGAAACCAUACUAAAAACAGUAGUCAUCCAAACUAUUUCAUCCUAUUUUAAAUUAAAGAUCUGGAGAAACUGAGAUUAGUGUUUAAUAUACAAAGGAAAAUUAGUAUAGUAACUACUUGUUCAAUCAAUCCAAAGACCUCCACUAUGGAGUCAAGACUGACUAACCAUUGCAAAGACCUGGAAAUACUGGAAAGUUGUCUGGCAGAAAAUAGAUACAGACCAAUAUCUUAUACUGUAGAUUAGCUUCUAAUGAAUUCUUGGCUUAGAUGUGAAAGGUCACUUCAAAAAAUUAAAGGAAUCACAAAUAAGAGACAUUUCUGAAUAAUGGAAAAGUUCAUCACCAAAAAAGGGACACAUAGGAUCACAAAAAGAUAAUGGCCAGUUUUUGUGACAUAAAAACUCCUCAAAGCAUCUAAAAUUUAAAGGGAGGUAAUUAACUAGGAAAAUCUCUCAUAAAGGCCUGUCCAAAGUAUAUAAAGAGGAAAUCCUGAUUAUAUGUAGCUAUGCAGAGAAUGGCUGAACAAAUUUUGGCAUGUGAAUGGUGGAACAUAAAGUCAUGGGAAAAUAAAACACACACAUCCUUCAGUGAAUACCUUGGUAGAAUAUUAUGAUCUGUAGACUGCAGGGAAUAUUGAUGAUAAUCACAACAUUGUGAAGUUCAACAGCUUUGAGAGAUAUCACACUCCUGAUUAUUGUGAUGAUCAACCACUAUAGCAGGGGAGUUACAAAGAUCUGUGCAGUCUACCUCCUGUUCCAGAGGUGAUGGAUGUGAGAUGUACAUUAAAAACUACAUUUUGAGAAAUGACUAUGUGGGAAUUGAUUUGGCUUGCUUGUGCUUUCAUUACCAUUCUCUCACAGCCCUCCCCCAUCCCUCCAGUUUGGGGCAUGAGAGAAUAGUAGUGUGAGGGGGACUAUUAAUAGUCUUCCCACAGUCUCAAUCCAGCAAAAAAUAAUAAAGGAAAUUGAUGGCUUUUAAUCAUAUAUGCAUUCAGAAGGAAUGAAAAUAGCUUUGAAGGUGACAGGUUGAAUUUUUUAAUCACUGAAAAGAAAAAUGAAGCUAUGCAUUUUACAACUUGUUUCAUGUGCAAUCUUCUAUGUUUUAUGAUAUAUAUGAAAUAUUCACUUUAUUUUAUGUUUAUGAAUUUCAAAAUAAAAAAAUUUAAAUAUU